UAUCCUUGUGCUGUGGGAAACCUUCCUUGUAACUAAGCUAGGUGACAUUUAUGUUCAUUCAGGUCUGAGCACUGCUGCUCUCUACAUGCCAGGCGUCUAACAGGACGAUUUCAUCCACUCAGUUUUUCUCGGCUCCUCCCGGACUGUCUCCUAUUUCACGGGGACGAUCGAAAGGCAAGGAGAGUACGGAUCCGAGCCUAGCGCGGCGGCGAGCGUAGCCGUGGGAGCCGGCCUCAGCUCGUGGCAGCCUGCUGUCACCUUCCCUUCUGGCAAUGGGGAAUGGACUCUCGGACCAGACGCCGAUCCUCUCCAGCCUGCCUUCUUUCCAGAGUUUCCACAUUGUCAUCUUGGGACUGGACUCCGCUGGAAAGACGACCGUGCUCUACAGGCUGCAGUUCAAUGAGUUCGUCAACACUGUCCCCACUAAAGGAUUUAAUACGGAGAAAAUCAAAGUGACGCUGGGCAACUCGAAAACGGUCACUUUCCACUUCUGGGAUGUGGGCGGCCAGGAGAAGCUAAGGCCGCUGUGGAAGUCGUACACAAGGUGCACCGAUGGCAUUGUGUUUGUGGUGGACUCUGUCGAUGUUGAGAGAAUGGAGGAGGCCAAAACAGAACUUCAUAAAAUUACUAGGAUAUCUGAAAAUCAAGGAGUGCCUGUCCUAAUCGUUGCUAACAAGCAGGACUUGAGGAACUCUCUCUCCCUUUCUGAAAUCGAGAAAAUGUUAGCAAUGAGUGAGCUGAGUUCUUCGACUCCCUGGCAUUUGCAGCCUACCUGUGCAAUCAUUGGAGAUGGACUCAAAGAGGGACUGGAGAAACUACAUGAUAUGAUAAUUAAGCGAAGGAAAAUGUUGAGGCAGCAGAAAAAGAAGAGAUGAGUUCUAUUUUGACCUUUCUAUUUUAGAGUAGUUACAUGGUCAAAAUUUGACGUAAGACAGCUUCCAAACCCAGGCCUGCUUGUUUGGAUGGUGUUAAGCUUAGUUAUGUUAAACAAUCAGUUGCACAACCUUGCUGUGUGGAAGGCUGUGCAGUUAUGGAAUUUUUUUUUUUUUUAACUAGUCUCUUCUGAGUUUUAUGGCUCUGCAUUAUUUCAGAAGCCCUAAUAGAUGAUGUAAUUCUAUCAGGAAAUGGAUGGGUGGGUAUAUGUGACAUGGAUGUCUAAAUAGCCAAAUAAAAUGAGGGGUUUCUGCUUAGUGUUGUAUUCAUAUGUUUGAGGGUGCCCUCUGCAAGCAAUCUGCAUUGAAGGUGUUCUGUGUUUUUUAAACUUCUAAUGCUUGUAAGUGGAGUGUUCUGGUGAACAUUAUACAGCUUUAAAAACAUGUAUGAAGCUAGUAACCCAUUAUUUUGAGAGGCUGGUUUUUAUCUUGUUUGGGGAUUUCUAUGAAAGCUUGGCUACAUAUGUAGGUUUUUUUUCUUUAAUUUGGCACUUUUUGAAAUUGAAUCACGUUCAGUUCAAAUACUUGGAAUUCAAGUGCUGUGGAUUCUUCAACUGAUAAAAGAAAGACUUUUUGACAAGUAAAAAUGUAAACAACACGCUGGAGCAUGGAAAAGUGGUGGUUUCCCAACAUAUAGCAUGUUUUUGGUAUGUAAGGUUUUUAUUUUUUAGAAGUAGCCAUUCAUCAUUACACAGUGCUAAUCAGGUUUAAACUAUUACUCAAAAUUAGUAAUUUAUUUCUGAAUGAUGAGUAUUAUGUCCUCCUACUAUCAAGUGAAAAGUAAAUUAAUUGCAGCAAAGGAGCUGUAAAGAACAACUCUGGCUGUUGUGGUUCUAACCAGUGCAGCGUUCUUCGCUCUACUGGUGACUUUUCUGGCAAUAAAACAAAAUUAUAAUGAAGUAAAGAUGGAGUUAAAAUUAGCAGAGCACAUCUUGUAUCUCCCCAAAAUACCCCAUUUUAUUAAAGUGGUAUUGCUAUGUCACUUUCAACGUAUGCUUUUUUUUAUCGUGACUCUUAAAGUAUUUUGUGGUUAGGAAUGUAAUAAUGCUUUAUACACUCAAAACAUAUGACACUACCGGGGGCGGGGGAGGGAGGGGAUUGGGGGAAGAAGAUUUUCAAGGUGGGAGUGUGUUCUGCUUUAAUUAUGCUUUAAGCUGUUCUUGUUUACAGAGUGUGCAAACAGUGUUAACUGGGCAGGAUAAUGCUUGACGGAAAAAGGAGGGUAGUUUUUCUUAUUGGUACAGAGCUUCAAGUGACUCUUUAGAUACUUGGCUAGCAAUUUAAAGGGCUAAAACAGAGCCUGGAUUUUUAAGACUAACUUUAGUGGUGCUGUAAAAAUUCAUCAGAAUGUUAGAUUCUCUUUAAACUUUUGUUGGAAAUACCAAAUUAAAAAAAGUGGAAAAAAAAAAAACAAAACAAAAAGCAAAAUCUAUUUCCUCCUUUUACUCAACCAGCGAAGUAAUACAUUUUUUCUUACCUGCUGCCAUGUAUCAGGAGGAUGACAGCUACAAACCUGAAUGUCAGUCAAUGUAACUUAGAUAUGUUUAAAAAAAUAAUCAAACUUUUUAACCAGCAGCUGUUCGUCCAGGAGGUAACCAAAAAUGCACUUUAGUGUCUUCAAUAACUGAAAGGGACAGCUGGUUUUUUUAAUGACAUCUUGGUCCUUUUUGAAUAAACUGAAGUAGCUUCCAGUGGAGCUUUUGUAUGUUGGUUAUAUAUGUACCUGCACUGGUGACAUUGUAAGUCACUUACUCAAGUAAUGUCUAUAUUUAUAGAAAUGUGGAUGACUUCUUAAACCUUAAUAAACAAUUCAAAACAAGCCUGCAGAGAGAAGGUGUCUGACUUCUUGUACUGCAGCAGUACGUUCUCAUCAACCUCUGUGCACGUAUUGAUUCUAAUAACAGUAGAGCUAUUUCUGUUGAAAACCAAAGUCUUACAAAUAUGGUGAGGCUCAUAAAUGUCAUGGUGUUAUAAAUUGCAGGUAUCUCAUUAAAAACUUUAAAUCAAUGGCAUGUCUGUAUAUUCACAGAAGAAAUAUUAACUGCAGCAACUCCUUUCUGAAGUGAUGGAUCUUGCAUAAUUUGAAAAAUCUUUUCUCUAGCUGAACCUAUUUUGUGUUACGUGCAAUGUUUAAUAGGCGAUGUUGGGCAUUUAUCACGUACUCACAGGUGGUACUUAGUUUAGUAUCUUCAGGCUCAUCUAUCUGAAGCUGUCUGAGGGAUUCACAUGUAGUUAAGCCUUGGGUGAAUUUCCUCCUCGGAUUUUACGGCAGUGAGUAGAAUGUGGCAAGAGAUACGGAAGCUUCUAACUAGUUUCAGGACCUGAACAUAGACAAGACAUUUAGCCUGCGAAUCAAAAUUGCUAAGUUCGAACAAGAAUAUCCAAACCUAUCUCAAAAACCUGGUAUUUUCAUUUCUGUUUAUGUAACUGAUGGCAUACCAAAAUGUAGGUUACUAACAGUCAGUCUUGAGAAAAAGCUGUAUUAGUGAUGCUGAGCGCUAUGAAUUUGGGGUGUAAUUGGUAUAAUCUGGCUAACAUUUUCCUUCCUAUCAGGUGCACAGUACUACUAGGGUGAGGAAGGUGAGAUGACAGGCUGGCUCUUUGUACCCAGUAAACAAACUGUACAAUACCAAGUAAUAAUGGCUUCAUUUUGAGUAUUUAUGAGGCUUCUAUUGGGAAUAGUUGAAAAGGCAUCCUGCUUGAAAAAGUCAAUCAUAUCUUGCUCUGCAUAUUAAACAUGCUAGUGUUUAUCUGG